GCACUCCGUCCCUCCGCUCCUGCCCAGCCUCGCCUGCCCUCCGCGAGUGCCGAACCCCCUGGGGCCGGAUGCCAUGGGUAACAACUUCUCCAGUAUCCCCUCUCUGCCCCGAGGAAACUCGAAUCGGCCGCCGCGGGGCCACCCCCAAAACCUCAAAGAUUCCAUCGGGGGUCCCUUCCCUGUCACCUCUCACCGAUGCCACCACAAGCAGAAGCACUGCCCACCAGUGCUGCCCGGCGGGGUGCUCCCGGCCACGCCACUGCUCUUCCACCCACACACCAAGGGCUCCCAGAUCCUCAUGGACCUCAGCCACAAGGCCGUCAAGAGGCAGGCCAGCUUCUGCAAUGCCAUCACCUUCAGUAACCGCCCGGUCCUCAUCUAUGAGCAAGUCAGACUGAAGAUCACCAAGAAGCAGUGCUGCUGGAGCGGGGCCCUGCGCCUGGGCUUCACGAGCAAGGACCCCUCCCGCAUCCACCCCGACUCCCUGCCCAAGUAUGCCUGCCCCGACCUGGUGUCCCAGAGCGGCUUCUGGGCCAAGGCGCUACCCGAAGAGUUUGCAAACGAGGGCAACAUCAUCGCCUUCUGGGUGGACAAGAAAGGCCGCGUGUUCUACCGCAUCAAUGACUCGGCCGCCAUGCUCUUCUUCAAUGGGGUCCGCACGGCCGACCCGCUCUGGGCCCUGGUGGAUGUCUACGGCCUCACGCGGGGCGUCCAGCUGCUUGAUAGCGAGCUGGUACUGCCGGACUGCCUGCGGCCGCGUUCCUUCACCGCCCUGCGGAGGCCGUCACUGCGACGUGAGGCCGACGACGCGCGCCUCUCUGUGAGCCUGUGCGACCUCAACGUGCCCGCUGCGGACAGCGACGAGGCCACGCUAGCCGUCGGCUGCCCUAUCCCGCAGAACUCGCUCAACUCGCAGCACAGCCGCGCGCUCCCCGCGCAGCUCGACGGUGACCUGCGCUUCCAUGCGCUGCGCGCGGGCGCGCACGUCCGGAUCCUGGACGAGCAGACGGUGGCGCGCCUGGAGCACGGGCGCGACGAGCGCGCGCUCGUCUUCACCAGCCGGCCCGUGCAUGUGGCCGAGACCAUCUUCGUCAAGGUCACGCGCUCGGGCGGCGCGCGGCCCGGCGCGCUCUCCUUCGGCGUCACCACGUGCGACCCUGGCACGCUGCGGCCCGCCGACCUGCCUUUCAGCCCUGAGGCCCUCGUGGACCGCAAGGAGUUCUGGGCCGUCUGCCGCGUGCCCGGGCCUCUGCACAGUGGUGACAUCCUGGGCCUGGUGGUCAACGCCGACGGCGAGCUGCACCUCAGCCACAACGGCGCCGCCGCGGGCAUGCAGCUGUGCGUGGACGCCUCACAGCCGCUCUGGAUGCUCUUCGGCCUGCACGGGGCCGUCACGCAGAUCCGCAUCCUCGGCUCCACCAUCCUUGCCGAGCGGGGCAUCCCAUCACUCCCCUGCUCCCCCGCCUCCACGCCAACCUCGCCCAGUGCCCUGGGUAGCCGCCUCUCCGAACCCUUGCUCAGCACAUGCAGCUCGGGACCUCUGGGGAGCUCUGCUGGCGGGACGGCCCCCAACUCACCCGUGAGCCUGCCUGAGUCACCAGUGACUCCAGGCCCGGGCCAGUGGAGCGACGAGUGCACCAUUUGCUAUGAGCAUGCGGUGGACACGGUCAUCUACACAUGUGGUCACAUGUGCCUCUGCUAUGCCUGCGGUCUACGCCUCAAGAAGGCUCUGCACGCCUGCUGCCCCAUCUGCCGCCGCCCCAUCAAGGACAUCAUCAAGACCUACCGAAGCUCCUAGCCCGCUGCGGCGCCCUGCCCCGCACCCCCAUCUCUUCAGACUCGGCUCAGCUCCAGCCAGGGGCAAGCCAGCGGGGCCCCUUCUCUUCUUCGUUUCGGAAACUCUUUUCCCUUCUCCAUUAAACAUAGGAAACUGAGGUCCCUGAAGAUUUGGGGAAAAAGAGGGUAGCAGGCAGGGAGGUGGGGAGCAGAAGCAAAUCACCUGCCAGAGAGGAGUAGAGUCUAUACUCUGCCUUCCUCUCUGCACUUAGCUCUUCCCUACAUGCCGAGGGACUAAACUGGGGUCUCAGCCUGUCCUAAUCCUUCCCCAUCGGGGCAGACUUCUAGGAGGUCCCUCUAGCCCAUGUGGUACCUUUGUGAGACUUAGAAAGCAUGUACCUUCCUCUGGGCAGAUGUGACCCUGAGCCACGGCAUGGGGCUUGGCUGGUGGAGUAUGGAUUGGACUUCAGCCUCCAUUUACUCCCUCAGCCAGCGGCCUGUGAGCAGUGCACAACUUGCUCAACAGCAGCUGUGGCCAGGUGGCCCCUGAGCUGCGGCCUUACAUUCUGACCUACUCACCUUCUUCCUCUCUACUCUGCCCCUUUGGGCUUGGCAGCCAGUGGAAGGGAGGCCAGUGGAUACCUCUCGGCCCAGGGAGACUGCAGCCUCCAUGCCAUAUCCCUAUUCCCCUCACCCAGGGUGGGUGGAUGGACAGGCUGCAUAAGGCUCCAGAUGCUGAGUCCCUGGCCCAUGCCCUGGCAGAUGCGGAGGGCCCCUUCCUGGCCAUAGCCUUUCUGCCCCAAUCAUCUCGCCCCUUGGUGUGGGCUGGAGAGCAGGAUCUGUCUUCUGUCGGAGACUCUAUAAGAACAGGUUUGUAUCUACUCUCUGUGACCUGUCCUGCAUCUCAGUGCUGUCCUGGCCUGGCUGACGCUCACAGAUGUAGAAUCCCUAGGAGAGUCCAGGGCCCUAGGUUGGGGCCAGGGAGUUUUCCUGGGAUCAUACCAGCCUUUUCCUUUAUUUUAAUUUAUUUAUUUAUUUGGUUUGUGGGGUUUUUUUUUGCGGGGGGGUGGUUGGUGAGUUCUCAUUCCUCAGGCCCCUAGACAUGCUGCCCUGGUGUGCGGGAUGCCUGGUGAGAGGGGGCAGCAGAGGUAUUCACCCUUCAAAAUCUUUCCCAGACUCCAGCCCCAAAGUCCAUAGCCAGUUCUACUUACCACGAUUUAGAACUCCAUAAAAAGGGGCUGAAUUGGGAGGCUUCCUGAAAAAUUGUGUCCAUUUUACAGAGAGGCAGACUAAGCCUCCCUAAUGCCCUGGGGCUGGUGGGUCACCAGAGCCACAAAGUGCCCUUCCUUCCUGGGCUAGAGCAGUUAUCAUAGCUGGCUCAAAUAUGUCAGGAGGCCCAGGAGUACCCCCCUCCACAAGGACAUAAAAUGUUCUGGGAAGGCUGAAGGACGGGAGCCUAGCUUGGGCCAGGGAACAGAGUUGGGGAGCCUAGUGAUAGUCGGGGCAGGGAGCCUGUUCUUAGGAAAGACACUCCACCCCCAGAAAGAUGAGGGGACUAGGAGCUGGAUCUCAGUACCUCUGGGUCCUUGACUCCUGGUUCUGGGGUGAGGUCCCCCCGCUGUUAGGCUGUAGUCAUCUUGCCCUGCCCACCCUGUCUGAUGAGCUGUGGGCUGGGGCCAGCUCUUAGAGUCUUGGCCUAGUCUUCCCCAGCCUCCCAGCCCUCUGCCUCAGAUGGCUUUUUACGCCCAUCAGAGACUGCUUCUCCUUAUGGCUGGCAGAGCAUGGAACUGGCAACCAACCAGUUGUGUGGUCUUGGCCAGGUCAUAGCCCCUCUGUGCCUCAGCUGCCACCUCUGUGAAAUGAUUGUUCGGGGAGGGGGCAGUCUUGUGUAAGUCUUCGGAGUUCUUUGGCGAGGGCCUGCUGUGGGGUGGUUGGUGGGACAGCACUGGGGUCAGGACGCCAGGCCAGGCCUUUGCCUUGCAAUGGGCC